AUGAAGACAACGGGCGUGGAUAUCGAAGAGAUAUUCACCGAAUUGGACCGUAUUCGCCUGCAAUACGGACUGCCGGUCUGGCAUGCUGAAGCUCAUGACCCCAAAUGUCGAAUUCAGUUUGCGCUUAGUUGGUCGACAAAGGAAAUGGGAGAAGGCGCCUGUCAUGAUGUCCUGGAGGACAAGAUCGACCUGAUUAAUUUUGAGAAAAACAGGAGCAUGGGGCGGACACUUGCAAGACGUUUGAUUGUCGCUGUAGCAGAGCGUCAAAGGCAGGGCAUUGAAUUCCAGGAGCUGGACGACAGCGUUCCUAAAAAAAAACGACGUGAAUGGGCCAAGAUGAUGGAUGCCUGGUAUAAGGAUAACACCCAGACAAAUCCAUUUGAAGUCCAGGGUGGGAAGCUCGCCGGGCCUAGUGAACGCGAAAUAAGUGAAGAGUUGAAACGAGCUGAGGUGGAAGAUGCACGAGCCGGAAUCAAACCUUUACUGGAAGGUAAAAUGACCAUAACAGCGUUCAUCAGAGCGGGUAUGCAGCUUCAGGCCAUCCAGCGUCGUAUACGGACUGCUCUGAAGGCAAAAAAGUCAGCAGAUCAAGCGAGCCAGAUACAAGAAUUAUGUCUAUCUCUGAUCAAACAAAUGCGCACCUUCGAAAAACUUCAACUAACUUACAUGCCUGGGGUUCAGGGUCUUCGCGACGCAGCGGUAUAA